AUGGAAAAAUUGGCUCGCAUAUCAGAGUAUACAUUGCAGAAUAUGAAAAAUGGCAUUGACGCAGGCUUGAUUGUUCAUGAUACGGAUCUGCGAAGAUGGGCUUUACAGGCCCAAGGACUUAUCAGUCAUAAAUAUUUCCGAUUUAAAGCAUCGCCAACGUGGUUACUUCACUUUAAGAAGAUCCAUCGCAUUACUAGCAGAAAAAUCAAUAAAUUCGUCACGCGAAAAUCAGUGGAAAAUAGUGAAUAUUUACACAAGAGUGCUGAAGAAUUUUUGAAAAGAGUUGAACCUUAUAUUUCCGAAUAUGGAUAUGGACAAAAUAUAUAUAAUUCUGAUCAGAGUGGUUUCCAAAUAGAGAUUCAUUCUGGACGAACGUUAACGGAAGAAGGAACUCAACAAGUGUCGUGCAUAGUACAAUCAGUAACUUCAACAACGCACAGUUAUACUAUACAGCCUACAAUUUCAGCGGACGGAAAAUUAUUAUCUCCUUCAUUUAUUGUUUUAAAAGAACCAUCCGGAACGUUCGGACCUAUAGUUGAACAACAUUUAUUCAGACCGCCAAAUGUUUUCAUCACAGCUUUCAAAUCAGGAAAACUUACUUCAGAGCAUUUCAAGAUGUGGUUAGAAGAAGUGUUUAUCCCAAAAGUGGGACCGAAGAGUCUACUUCUAAUUGAUUCUUGGAGUGGGCAUUGUUCUAGAGUUGUGCAAGAGACAACACCCCCAGACAAAAAGUUGACGACUUUAUUGAUACCGAAGGGAACCACUGGAAAAAUUCAACCUCUCGAUGUUUUCGGCUUCCUAUUUAGUUCACAACCAACUGUCAUCUCCGCGAUAUCAUAA